GUAUAAAUAUAAAGGGAACAGCAUGCACUUACUCUAGUACAGAUACCUGAUCCCAGAACAAGAUGAAAUUGGUCUCCUGGAUAUUUAUAGCGUUGCAGCUGCUGCUCCUGACGACAGCGCUCAAUGCAAGACGAUGCGUUAAGCCAAGUCCAGCAACAACGACGCCCACAGCACCGUCUUCCACUCAACCAACCACCACUCAAUCGACACCCACUGACAGCGGCUCAACUGGGACGCGGAGUACCUUAACAACCGCAUUACCCACUGACGCAUCACCGACUACAAGUGAUCCUACCUUGUCAACCGAGGACCCGGGCACACCAACAGAGCUGCCGCAGACUCCAACAGAUGUUGGACCCACCGAAGUACCAAAAACUUCUACACAGGGCACACCAACAGAUUUAACGCAGACUCCAACAGAUGUUGGACCCACCGAAGUACCAAAAACUUCCACACAGGGCACACCAACAGAUUUAACGCAGACUCCAACAGAUGUUGGACCCACCGAAGUACCAAGAACUUCAACCCAAAGCACACCAACAGAGCUGCCACAGACUCCAACAGAUAUUGGACCCACCGAAGUACCAAGAACUUCAACCCAAAGCACAGCAACAGAUGAAACAGAUACGGCAGAGACAACAACCAAAGCAACAACAUUGUCUACCCUCUUGACGCCAACAACUACGGAGAUCUAUGUGGAUGCCAACUCCAUGUGCAAAAUGCAUCCCGGUGUGGAGUACCUGCCCCAUCCCUAUGACUGCCAUCAGUUUAUACAAUGUGAUGGGGACCGGGGCUUUAUUAAAACAUGCGGCGAUCUCUACUGGGACUCUAAAAAUUUAACUUGCGAUCGUGAAUGCGCCUAAUAGUAAUAUAUCACGAAAAAAUGUAUAUACAUAUGCAAAUAUAUCUAGAACGAAAAUUCUAAA